GAUGAGUUCUUCGACUCUUCGUACGAAGGUCUGAUUGAGCUGGCGAGUAUGCUGGGUGAUGCGAAGCCGAGGUCGACUCCGGCAGACGUCGUCGCUUCGCUGCCGAGCGCGAAAUAUCAGGACUGGGCAAAUGCGGAUAGUGAGACAAGGUGCCCGAUCUGUCUGGACGACUAUCAACCAUCUGAUUCAGUAUCGCGUCUGCCGGACUGUACCCACUGGCUGCACAAGCCAUGCCUUGAAGUAAGUAUCCAUAUUUCUAAGCUGCUCGAGAUACUUACGCUCAACGUUGGGUUUCGUAGCAAUGGCUGGGUACCGCGAACACUUGUCCAGUCUGUCGCAAGAAAGUCAAAGACACUUCGCGGUCUGGUAUCAACGCAGCUGCUGGCAUAUCAAGCAGUUCCGCAGGUCCUAGCCGGCUGGCAAAUCCUACGAACAACUCUUACCCUCGCACCUCACUUGCUUCUUUCGCACCGACGCUCCCUCAUCGCCAGUCUAGCGGUGUCUCAUACUUCCCCCCACCGUCAACCCUUACAAGACCAAGUUUAA